CCAUUUUCCUCCAAAAACGAGAUACCGUUUUCCUCCACUGUCCAUUUUCCGCCAAAAACAAAAAAGGUUGGUUUCCAUUUUCCUCCACAUUAUUUUUGACUAAAAUUAUGUCUAUUUUCCUCCAAUAUUUAGUCAGUGUUUUUAUUAUAAAAAUAGAGUAUGGCUAGAUUACAUUUUGCGCGUAUUUGUUGAUUAAAUUCUUGUCGCGUUUUUAUCGGCUAGGGAAAAACGCUAGUCCAAGUGUUCCACAGCACACGCGGUUUAUAACAGUCGAUUUUAACUUUGAUUAAGCCUAAUAAAGAUACGUACAAACAACAUAUGGGUAUAUACGUAUAUAUUUAUAUUGUGUAUCAUCAAUACAAUUGUCACUGAUUAUUAUGAUUAAACACAUUGAGAUAAACAGACACACGAAUAUACUAAAUACUCGUAUCAAUAAGACUAUAUUUUUAGUAGUUUACCCGACUUUACCGUACGCCGAUAGUGUCUAUUACGUGUUUUAUAGUUUAGCAAGUUUUAAUUUUUAACAUGUCUGAAAAAGCGACGUUCAUUGAAAGUUCUCGAGGAAAACCUUUGAUAAUUCGUGAUAGUUACAAGUAUUUCUUAGCAUAUAAGUUAAAAUCUGAAUUAUCACGUUGGCGAUGUUGUUUAACGACUUGUCAAGCAGUUAUAUACACUGAUAAAAAUGAAGAAAUAGUAGCCGAUGAGUCACACAAAAAUGUACAUAAUCAUUUGCCAUCGCCAAAAAAAGUAAAUCGACAAAUAGUGAAUAAUGCAUGUAAGCGAAAAGCAAUUGACGAUUUAUUUUCACGACCGAAAAAAGUGAUACUUAAGGAAUUAGGACAAAGUUCUGCCGACUGUUCAAAUUUUGAUGAUACCGAUAUUCAUAAAAUCAGGAAAAAUAUUUAUGCUGCCCGUCAAUCUUUGCUGCCGAACCUGCCGAAAAAUGUUGAAGAGGUACAUUUAACAAUCAACAAUAUGGAUAUUAAAACUACUUCUGAAGAACAAUUUUUACUAGUUAAUGAUGAUAGUAAAAAUGUGUUAAUAUUUUCUUGUUACCAAAACUUGAAAUUUUUAUGUGAAUCUGAAAAUAUUUAUUGCGAUGGUACAUUUACAUACAGUGCUAAACAUUUUAACCAAAUGUUUACAAUACAUGGCUUUAAAAACGGACAUUAUAUACCUGUUGUGUUUUGUCUUCUAGUUAAUAAAUCCACUGAUACAUAUAUUAAUACAUUUAACCAUAUUAUACUUAAAUGCAUUGAAUUAAAAUUGACAAUAAACCCAAAAUCAAUCACAAUUGAUUUCGAGCAAGCUAUUCAUGAUGCUGUUUCUAUAGUAUGGCCUGAUACACUAAUAGUUGGCUGUAGAUUUCACCUGACACAAUCAUGGUUUCGGAAAAUCCAAAAUCUCGGUUUAGUUCAAUACUAUAAGGAAAAAAACUCUGAAAUUGGGUCUUGGAUAAGAAACACGUUUGGACUCACAUUUCUAAGUCCACAAGAAGUUUCCAAAUGUUUUAUUGAAGAUUUUAUGAGUAUUAUACCAAACGAUCAAAGAGUGAGUCAGUACGCUGAUUAUUUAACUGAUACGUAUAUUUCGGAAAAUUCUAUAUUUCCGCCAGUUAUUUGGGCAGAAUCGUCUUCUUCGUUAUCAAGAACCACUAAUGCAUGCGAGUCUUUCCACUCUCAUUUCAAAGAAAACUUUUAUAAAGAAAAGCCUAAUAUAUUUAUGUGGCUUAAUAUCAUAAAGCAAACUCAAACAAAUAUUUAUUGUAAAAUGAGAAGUAUACAUGUUCCAAAAAAAUCAAAGGAUUACCGAGCAAACAAGCGUCGUGGAGCAAUCGACGAUGCAAUUAUCAAAUUACAAAACGGAGAAAUGUCUAGGUAUUCAUUUGUUGCUGAGAUGUCUUAUAAUUAUAAAAAAAUGUAAUAUUAUUUACUGCAG